AAACCGGACCAAGGCAUGGCUCGAGAGUUGGGCUACAUGCCAAUUAAAUCUCGCUCUAAACCAUUGAUUUUUGUCCACACACUAGUAUCCAAUCGUUUCAUACGAAAAUAUGGUGUAUUUUGUCUGAUUCUGUCCUCAGCUCUGGGGUUGCUGUACUACAGAAGAGUUUUAUUUCAAAAGUACAUUCAUCAAACACUUCCCCUCUACCAACGAUCGGUGUCCUUAGUGUUUGGAAAUGAAAGUGGAGUAGAUGUCGAAGAUACAGGACAGCAUGACCGUUGGCUACCGAUCGGUGAUGCAGACAAGAAGUUUAAGAUCUACUCAGCAUAUUUUGACCCACGGCUAGAGGUGGUUGAAUCUUUCCACGUACCAGAUGGAUUUCUGCCUUUCGGUAGUAUUCGCAUCUUUGCAAUAUUGCCGUUAAAAGUGCACAAAACCGAUGUAUUUUGCAAUUUUAGGUCUGAUAACUACUACAUAGCACAGCACCGUGCGGACGCAGUUGAAGCCGUGCACGAACAUUGGAAUAUGGAAUAUGCGGCCAGCUAUGUUAUAUGCAAGCUUGCAGGGAAUGUAACGAAGCGUGAGGCACGUUUGCCGGACGAGGUGGCACUAAGCUAUCUCGAUGAGCCCAGCAUGCGGGAAGCAACGAGCUUUGUUCGCAUAAAAUACCCCAAAACAGACCGUCUCUUUCGUGCUGCCCCUACUCGAUCGCUGGCCGUUUGUGUUGGCCCUUUACAUCACAAUUUUGCGUACGCACUGCGGGUAGUGGAAUUUUUCGAAUAUUACAAGCUGAACGGAGCGGAACGGUUUUACGUGUAUAACAAAUCGGCCACGCCGGAAGUACAGGCCGUACUGCGCCAUUAUCAAGCAGCUGGAUUAGUGCAAGUGCUGGAUUGGCAUUUCGAAGGAUACAAGUUCGAGAACGAGCUACGUUACGAGGGCAUAUUUGUUGCACUGAACGAGUGCUUCUUUCGAGCGACAGUUGCCGGGGGGUUCCGGUACACAGCGAUUGUCGAUUUCGACGAGCUAUUAUUUCCAGCUGGUGAUAAGGAAACUCUUCUGGAGUAUCUGCAAGCAAAGGACCGAUAUGAUGUGCACUCGUUUAACUUCCAAGGGGUUUUUUAUUACGAUAUCUAUGCUCCAGAUUUCUCGCACGUUCCGUCAUGGGCAAACAAUACCUACCUCUACACGCAGGUCCGCAAUGUGCGGACGAAGAAUGCUCUACUGCAUCACAAUCGUAGCAAAUAUGUGAUGAAGGGUCGCAAUGUGCUUGAAGCUGGAAAUCAUUUUGUGUGGAAAGCUGUUCGAGACACACACGAGUAUCCAGUACCGGAAAAUGAAGGACUCUUGAUGCAUUACCGGGACGGUAAUCUGGGCUACGAUUUCGAAAACGUUGUCCUGGACAAUCGCAUACGGGAUCGCUACGGCAAAACGAUGUGGCAGGUUGUAAACGAAAAAUGUGCCAUAAUAUUUCCCGAGACGCGUAUCUGUCCACUCGGUGAAAAUUACAAUCAAACAGAACCUUCAUAUUAAAACGCUACGUCCAUCAUGCCAAAUC